AUGCGGCGUCUCAAAACUGUGUUCCGGUCCAGAUCUGAGACACCUGACCCUGCCUCAUCUCGUGCUGUCUGGCCACGACGGCGUCUAGCUUCAGAGGGAGAUCCAUUGAAGCCUCAGCCAGAAUCCGCCUCGAAUGAACUACAACGCGAUGAGCCUACAACUGAAGCGGGAUCCAGUUCCGUGAAUAAACUACCUGGCUCUGCCACAGUAGCCCCCGUUCACAAUGCGGAAACUGGGUCGGAUGCCCAACACGCCCAAGACACUGGCCCACUUCCUCGGUCUAAGAAUGGCACCAAGCGUCUGAAGAGAAUGGUUGCUCGCUUGCGCGGCAGCCUAUCCCAGGAAGAUGAACCCAUCACAGAGACACAACCUCAAGCUGCGCAGGAGGGUAGCCGCAAAGAGAGGCCGAAGUCCAAACCUUUGUCCUCCAACCCCUUUGAACCAGAUACCGCUGCUGGUGAGCCAUCUACAACCACAGGCAAGUCAGUCAGGUUCGAUGAGCCGCAAGAGGGGCGAAAGGUCAGCACUCAGACGACUCAUUUUCAGGAGUCCAGCCAGACUGAGGAUACUGUGUGCCGAGACCCUGCCCGGCACAUUGCGAUGCCUAUUCAGGAACCUAUGGAGGAUUGGGGAUGGCCGGGACUUAUGCUGUAUUCCCCUGAUAGUAGCCCUAAUGCCAACACUCAUACUCUCGAGGGUUCGGACCCGUUCUCGGAUGAGAAGGCCACCGACGCCCGACAGGGAAAGUCGGGCUCCUCGAGACAUAGUGCCGGCACGAGCCGAGAGGAAUCAUCCAGGGCUUCUGAAGGGACGCUGGAGCCUAUCGCCGAGACUGAUUUCGACACAAUCGAACCAGUCGUCGAGCCCGAGCCUGAACGUCCGGGCUCUCGGAGGGCAAGUUCGGCCAACAGCCAAACAAGCUGGAGUAGCACGCUUGACUCAGCCAAGGCCAUCUCAGCCUUCAACCAGAUGGCAGCUCAGUUUAGUAUCCCGCUUUCCAUUCCAAGUGAAGAUACUCCAAGUCCACCAUCAGAGGGCAAUCAGCCCACGGAGGAAGCGGGCACGAGUCGUCAUGGAUUUGGAUUGUUGGGCAAAGUUCGCAAGGUGCGAUCCAGUUUGGAGGCCGACACAACCCCCUUGGCGCCAGCUCCUAAGCUGCGACGGAUGAAAACGUUCGCGAAUAUGCACCGUCCCAAUCCGAUGACUUCGUUGCAUGGAAGAUCAAUCGAGAGUUUGUCCCGUCUUGGAGGACAUGGCUAUCUGAUGCUGACGGACUUGGCUCCAUGUCCCGUGCAGUUGCCCGCAUACAUUGUGGCAACGCUAAUGUUUCUGCAUAAAUAUGGUCUUGACACUCCCGAGAUCUUCAUCCAGCCUGGCGAUCUGAAAACCGCCAUUCGCCUAUAUGACCACUUUGCUGGCCAGGUGAUCGAGGCCGAGAAAGAUGAGUCUAAUAUUUCCCUUACCAUGCGUGUGGUAGCCAUGCCCCAGCUCCGUGAGGACUCGGCGCCCGUGCUGAGUGUGGCCUGGGCCUUCAAGGCCGUGCUGGCGGGGCUUCCAGACGGGAUCCUCGGGAGUGUCCGGCUCUACCGCGUUUUGAGGGACAUGUACUAUCAUUCGGUUCCAGAUCAAUCGCAUCUCCUCCGGGUGCCAGACUGUAUUUCUGAGGCGAGCCCAUCGACUGCUGCCCGAGUGCAGCUUAUAUGUCUUGCGCUCAUUGCUCUUGCUCCUGAGAUGCAGCGCGAUCUGGUCUGUUCGGUAUUUGGGCUACUUUCGAUGAUGGUGACUGCAAGGACCGAUGCCCAAGAUCCCGGGAUGGAGCUCCGUGAUCCAGUGGCGAGUCCGAAGUUCCAAGACUUGGUGCGGGUGUUUGGACCGCUCCUCCUUGGGCCCCGGGGGCAAAAGAUUCGGGAGACCUUAACAGAGGUGGAAAAGGACAUUCAAGAUCAACGCGUGGCGGGGUUGUUGCUCAAUAAUUGGCACUUUAUACAUCGACAGUUGCAACACUGGACCCGAGGACGGUAUGUGGUAGGCAGGGAAUAG